AUGUCGCCGCAACUGAUUGUGUAUCCACCGCCCAACACCGGUUCGACUGUCUCGCACGAGGAUGAUAUUCCGCCUCAGCCACUGGACCUGGACGACCAUGAGCCUAGCCGUGAGGGAGGCCUAGGUAUAUCCCAAACCAGUGACCCUGCUGCUGCCGACAACUGGCCCAAGUCUCCAGAUACUAUUGUCCCAAAUAAUGAGAGAAGGGAUGCCGUUGCUUUUCACAAACUCCCCAUCCAGGUACUGGAGAGAAUACUAUGGACGGUUGAUGCCAACAGCUUUGCCUCGUUAGCCAUACUGAACAAGAACUGGUACAAGGCUGCCCAAAAUCGAGAACUUUAUGCUCAUCAUCUGUCUCGUUGUCCAUCAUAUGCCUUGUCCAACACUGUCAUCACCGGUCCGUUUAGGAAAUUUGACCUGUACCGGCUCAAGACAAAAUUCGCAGCGGAGGUCCGCCGUAAUCUGUUCGAGGCAUACUUGCGACCUCGCCAGACUCUCGUCAAUCUAAUCUCUGUCAAUGCGAGUUCCUCUGCCGCCCUGCCUGGGGCAGAAGCUUUCCGCUUCUCCUUCUCACCAAACGGCCAAACAAUUCUCGCGCUCAGUUCGUCACGAAUAUACGUCAUCGACGCUGUCACCGAUCCUAUCACCGUGCGCCAUGAACUCAAGACAAUGAGACGACCUUUGGCUGCUUCAGUGACUGACGAUGGCACAACGUUAGCCGUCCUGUCCUCGAAACAUCAAGCGAACGUAUAUCAGUUGACACCAGAAGGGGUGAAGCAUGUACAGGUUUUGAUCAUGGACAAUCCGCCUAGGACAAUCGCCUUGGCUCCUGAAGGUACGGUUCUGGCUGCCGCGUAUGAAGGCGGGGUCGAAGUCUUUUCGCUUGCUGCAAAUGCCCUUUCUACGGACCGAAGAGCUGUACGAAGCGAAGGGGUUGAUAUGUUAAGCUUCUCCGGCGAUGGAUCGAUGCUUGUAGGCAGCACUCAGAGUCUGGAAGAGCCUUCAGCGGUUGUCAUUACUGCACCUUUCUACACGGAAAACGAUUUACCACCAAAGGAGGUUCACAGUCGCAUGUGGACCACCCAGAUUCUAUUCCCACAAAUUAGCAGCAUUUGCAGUCAUGCAGAACUGUUGCAGGGUCACACAGAAGGCGACGCGAACUGGCUUUUUGCUUAUGAUCAUACCCUCAUGUCCUACCGAGCCGUCCGCACUGAUGACACUCGAACCGGCGUCGCCUACUUCUUAAAUCCGACGACGAACAGACGAUUCAGCUUGCCGGCGCCGUCAACUGCGCCCACUGCGACUGUUUGCGGGACUCUUGUCGUGGCUGGAUUUGCUGGAAGUGGCCUGUGCAUUUACGGCGUUCCCGAAAAGUUAGAUUCCAGUCCGGAUAUGGGAUCGGUCGUUGAGCGGCACGAACAGCGUCUGCAAGGGAGGGUGCCGCUCACCUCUGCGACAGGCCAUAUUGAACCCUUGAUGGCGUAUUCACCUUCAAUAUCUGGAAGCAGCGAGGACAUUGAGGAUGACUCGUUGGCUGCAAAAGUUGAUUGGCGAGAAAGCCUGUUCGUCAAAUGCCAACAGAUUAAGACACUUGAUGGCGCCACAGCGGCCAAGUGGGUGGAAAGGUGCGAAGAUAGACCGUGCGCGUUCACAGGCAAGAGACUGGUAGUCGUUGCCCCUGGCGGUGUCGAUCAAUUUAUGGAAGAACUCGGAGACGAAACCAUGCCCGUGGAUGGCUCACGCCUCUCUAUACUCGAUUUUGACUAUUCGCCAUCGAAAGACGCAGAUCGAGAACUGACGAUCGAAGUGGGCGAAAAGGAGCCGGAGUUGCUCAUAGAACAAAUGGGUGAUAUGGAUAUUGAGGUGGCAAUGGAAAGGAGGCGGACAGUCAGAGAUCGCGCAAGAGGAGGGAUGAGAGGAGGGUUGCGAGGCGGUCUCGGCCGCUCCAUUACUACGGCCUCUGCGACACAUGGAUCACGCUUGAGAAGUGUCUCCCAGGCUUCCUCGCCGUUGGAUGUAGACGCACAAAUUGCAUUGGCCAACUCGACGCCCUUCCCUCCACCACAAGCCUCGCCGAACCUGCACAGAUCUGCCACAGCUGCUGGUUUCUCGACGGCACGAUAUCCACCUAGACCACCUCUGGCGCAGCAACAAGACGCUGCGAAUGCCAUCUAUCAGCGGCCGCCCGGGCCGCAGUUGGAUGGUUGGGAAUCACCACCUCCGCCAUAUACCACAGGGUCCCCCCACCUUCAACCCGGGAUGACGUUGGGUUCACCUUUAGUCCAAGCACGUCCGAUGGGAGGAAUGCCCAUCCCAUUGACAGGGAUUCCUGAGAACGGUCGUACUCCGCAAGUGCAUCCAGUUUUUGGACAUGGCAAUCCCAUGAAUUCACAGUUUACACAGCGUCUUCACUUGACACCUCAACCAAUCCAUGUGAUGCCGGAAAAUGUUGCUCCGAGGCAUGCUGUCGGUCAGUAUGGUGCGUCGGCCCCACCGGAUGAUCAAUCAUCAUAUGCUCCAGUACCUGAGCAGUAUCAACGUGCAAGCCCGGUUUCUCAGAUACAUCCAGCAAAUGCGCCGUUCGCCCCUUCCGUGUCGGGAGAUUCGUCGAGACCGGUGUCGCAUGAAGGCCGAGCGUCCCCUUAUCACCUCACUCCUGUCUCUCAGCGACCACAGACGGCUGAACGUCCGUCCCCUCUAAAUACCGCACAGCAUGUGCAGAAUCUUUCCGAUAUGGCCCCAGCGCACAAGCCAUCGUCGUCGGGGUCUGUCACACUGACCGGAGCAAAUCUGCAGGCUCGUCUCAAUCACCCUGUCCCGCCAACCCCGACUUCUCUUGAUGAAAUGCGUCUGUCACAGGCUUACGAACCUGCUAAUCAGCCGGUCGCGUCGCAACCCGCACCACCGCCCGUCAUUCAGGCUAAUGGGUCUUACAAUAUUGUUCCUCCGACAGCUGAUCAAAUGGCUAACCUUAAUCGUCGAGUCUCCUAUACCACACGAAAGCCGGUUCCACAAGUCGCCACCCAUGGGUCCAUCAAUCAAAAUACUGCGCCACGCAACGUUAGGGAUAGUACCGGCGUGCCUUCCUCACCACCGCGAGGCGCAUGGGGUGCCGCUGGAGUGCCAGGAUCUCCGUCCUUCAACAAGGCGAUCAAUACGCCUAACGGACUGACGAGAAAUAACUCCAAGGGCAGCGGCCAUUCAAUCCCAAUUUCUGCAUCUACGCCAAAUCUCCAUGCGCCGCCAGCGGUUCAGGCUCAACGACCGCGAAUGGGCAGACUCGACACCAUUGAUAGCGUAUCCACCUCGUACGGACCAGGUGAACCGGGGUCGAGAUCGCAUAGUGUCGCGCAAGAGAUGGCCCCCCCUAUGCCGCAUCCGCACCAAAAUCCAUACCUAACAUCGCAGACCCAAUCGGGACCGCAACAGCUAUAUCAACAAAUGCCAACCCAUCAAGCGCGAGUCUGGGCUGGAAGCGGGUUCAGUCCCAUCGAAAACGGCAAUAGACGGGUGUUAUCAGACCCAACCUCAGCGGAAUCGGGCAAGAAGAAAAAGGGGAAGAGGAAGAAAGUCGAUGAGGUGCCUAGAAGUCAAACGCCCAUGCCAACUAGUUCAGGGGGCGUCAAGGAGGGAGGAGGCGGUGGAAAGAAAGGGGGGAGAUGUGUGGUCAUGUGA